AUGUAUAGAGCAGGGGACGCGGUGCAGCGUCCGCUUCACGGGCCGGCGCCCCCUCGCCUGAGGAGUGUGGAGGUGGCCAGAGGACGGGCAGGGUACGGCUUCACGCUCUCUGGCCAGGCGCCGUGCGUGCUCAGCUGUGUCCUGAGAGGGAGCCCCGCGGACUUUGUGGGCCUCCGGGCCGGAGACCAGAUAUUUGCCGUCAACGAAAUCAACGUGAAGAAAGCAUCCCAUGAGGACGUGGUGAAAUUAAUCGGGAAAUGUUCUGGUGUCCUGCACAUGGUGAUUGGCGAGGGCCUCGGCCACGUGGAGUCCUGUUCCAGCGAUGAAGAGGUUGGAUUUUACGAAGGAAAAGGCUGGCUCAAGCCCAAACUCGAUUCGAAAGCUUUAGGUAUAAACAGAGCCGAGAGAGUCGUCGAAGAAAUGCAGUCUGGUGGGAUUUUCAAUAUGAUCUUUGAAAAUCCUAGUCUCCGUGCAAGCAGUUCCGAGCCCUUGAAAUUGAAACAAAGAUCCCUUUCGGAGUCAGCUGCCGCGCGAUUCGACCUUGGACGUGAAAGCGUAAAUCACCCGAAUCCCAACCUGCUUUCUAAGGAGGAAAUAUCAAAAGUUAUGAACGACGAUUCCGUUUUCAGUAUCGGCCCCGAGAAUCACGAAGAUUUUGCGUUAGAUGCGAGUAUUUUAAACGUGGCCAUGGUCGUGGGCUACUUGGGGUCCAUCGAACUUCCUUCCACGAGCUGCAACCUGGAGUCCGACAGCUUACAGGCCAUCCGUGGCUGCCUGCGGCGCCUGCGGGCGGAGCAGAAGAUCCACUCCCUGGUGACCAUGAGGGUCCUGCACGACCGCGUGCGGCUCUGCACCGACCAGGCUGCCGUCCUGGCCGAGUACCCGGCCGAGAAGCUGGCCUUCAGCGCCGUGUGCCCCGACGACCGGCGGCUCUUCGGGCUCGUGACCAUGCAGACGAGCGACGACGGGAGCCUGGCGCACGAGGACGAGGGCGCCUUGCGGACUUCCUGCCACGUGUUCAUGGUGGAUCCAGACCUGUUCAAUCACAGGAUCCACCAGGGCAUCGCUCGGCGGUUUGGGCUGGAGUGCACGGCCGACCCCGACACCGGCGGCUGCCUCGAGUUCCCCGCAUCCUGCCUGCCGGCCCUCCAGUUCAUCUCCGUCCUGUACAGAGACAUGGGCGAGCUGAUCGAGGGCGUGCGGGCCCGGGCCUUUGCCGACGGGGACGCGGACGCCCACCAGAACGCCAGCACCAGCAGCAACAGCGACAGCGGCAUCGGCAACUUCCACCAGGAGGAAAGGAGCAGCCGAGUGCUGGUGGUCGACCUGGGUGCCGGCUCCAGCAGGCACGGCCCCGGCGGCGGCGGCGGCGGCGGCUGGGAGGGCGCGGGCGGGAGGGGCUCCCAGCCCCGGGGCGCCCCCUGGAGCGGGGCCUUCUGCCUCGACCCCGAGGGGGGCCCCCCGUUCGAGGCCGCCCCGCAGGCGGACAGGUGCCGGGACUUCGGUAAGCACCUAGGGCCCGCUGCUCACGUGGAGCUGCCCCCGGCCUCCUCGCGGAGCUCGGUCCCCCCUUCCAAGAGGGGCGCCGCGGGCCAUGGCCAGCGGUGGCUUCCGGUCCACGUCCUGCAGGAGUGGCCGUGCGGACACGCCAGUGACCAGGAGUCGUACACGGACUCCACCGACGGGCGGUCCAGUGUGAACUGCGGCACGCUGCCCCCGCCCAUGAGCAAGAUUCCCGCAGACCGCUACCGGGUGGAGGGCAGCUUGGCACAGGCCCCGCUGAGCACCCAGAAGAGGGACUGGUCCAGGAAGGCUUUUGGGGUGCAGAACCUUUUCGGGCCCCAUCGACAAGUUAGAAAGACUAAGGAGGACAAAAAGGGCUCAAAGUUUGGGCGGGGAGUUGGACUCACUCAGACUUCUCAGCGCACUUCUGCUCGGAGAUCAUUUGGAAGAUCCAAGAGAUUUAGUAUCACUCGCUCCCUUGAUGAUCUUGAGUCUGCAACUGUAUCUGAUGGUGAGCUGGCCGGCGCUGACCUGAAGGACCGCGCGAGCGACCACAGCCUCAGCAGCAAUGCCAGCCUCCCCAGCGUCCAGAGCUGCAGGCGCCUGCGCGAGAGGAGGGCCGCCAGCUGGGCCGUGUCGUUCGAGCGCCUUCUGCAGGACCCUCUUGGCGUCCGCUACUUCUCUGAUUUCCUAAGGAAGGAAUUCAGUGAAGAAAACAUUUUAUUCUGGCAGGCCUGUGAAUAUUUUAACCAUGUUCCUGCACACGACAAGAAGGAGCUCUCCUACAGGGCCCGCGAGAUCUUCAGCAAGUUCCUGUGCAGCAAAGCCACCACCCCCGUCAACAUCGACAGCCAGGCCCAGCUGGCGGAUGACAUUCUCAGUGCUCCGCACCCCGACAUGUUCAAGGAGCAGCAGCUCCAGGUAACUGUGCCUCGGUUCCCCGCAGGGACUCCUCGCCAGGGUCCUCUCCGCGGGACCGCGUGCCCACAAGCGGUUCAAGUAAUGUUACGCUAUUUUAACGUCUCUGUUUGAUGAUAGUUGAGUGGAAAAUCGAGAUCAGGAAGAUCCUUGAAUGAAGAGCUGGGGGAUGAGGACAGUGAAAAGAAACGAAAAGGAACGUUCUUUUCCUGGUCCAGGACCAGGAGCACCGGGCGGUCGCAGAAGAAGAAGGAGCACGGCGACCACGCAAACGAACCCCUGCACGCCAACGGAGGCCUGGGUCGCCGCGAGUCACAGGGCUCCGUGUCCUCCGCGGGGAGCCUGGACCUGUCAGAGGCCUGCAGGACCUCGGUGCCAGAGCGGGACAAGGCGGCCAGGCACUGCAGCGUCCAGCUCCCCGACGGGACGUCCUGCGUGGUGGCGGUCCAGGUGGGGCUGUCCAUCAAGGAGGUCCUGGCUGGGCUCUGUGAGCGACACAGCCUCAACGGGGCGGCGGUGGACCUCUUCCUGGUGGGCGGGGACAAGCCUCUGGUGCUGCACCAAGACAGUAGCAUCCUGGAGUCUCGGGACCUGCGGCUGGAAAAGCGGACUUUGUUUCGGCGUUCCCCGAAGGCCAGCCACUGCUCAGAACCCGUGUUACCCACGUCGGCAGUGUGUGGCCGGCCCCAGAGUGGAGAGAAGGAGCCCCUGGACCUCGGCGCCCCCAUAUCCAGUCUGGACGGGCAACGGGUCAUCUUGGAGGAGAGGGAGCCCUCCAGAGGAAAAGGUGAGCGAGAUAAACAGAAAAGUGCACCAGUCAAACAGAAUAUAGCUGUAAAUUCCAGUUCCAGAAAUCACUCGGCUACGGGAGAGGAGAGAACACUAGGCAAGUCUAAUUCUAUUAAAAUAAAAGGAGAAAAUGGAAAAAAUGCUAGGGAUCCCCGGCUUUCAAAGAGAGAAGAAUCUAUUGCAAAGAUUGGGAAAAAAAAAUAUCAGAAAAUUAAUUUGGACGAAGCAGAGGAGUUUUUUGAGCUCAUUUCCAAAGCUCAGAGCAACAGAGCAGACGACCAGCGCGGGCUGCUAAGGAAGGAGGACCUGGUUCUUCCCGAGUUCCUGCGUCUGCCCCCCGGCCCCUUGGAGCUGGCCCUCCCCCCGCCCGCCGCGGCUAAGGGCCUCGGCAAGAGAAGCUUCACCAGCAACGGCAAGGAAAAGGCUCCCCGGGCCCAGGAGCCGCGGGGGCCCGUCCGAGACUGCCACGAGAGCCCGGGGACGAGCCCCAGCUCGGCCGACAGCCCACCUUUCAGUGCCCCCCAGACCCCCACGCCCCACGCCCAGGAAGCCGAGGCCGGGGGCGUCCAGACCAUGGAGGGCGAGCAUGUGGCCGACCUGACGCUCACGGGGGAGGGGGACAUCAGCAGCCCCAACAGCACUUUAUUGCCGCCAACCCCCACCCCGCAGGACUCGGCCGGACCUCCGAGACCAGGAGGCGGAGCGAGAGGCAGCCAGGGCCUCCCAGUCAAAACCAUCAUCGACGUGGACCGCGUUGCUGGCUUGGCACCUGGGCCAGGCAGCAGCAUCCCCAGGGUGCGGACGGGCCCCCAGAGGUCACGGGCCAGUGGGCCCCUGACCUCGGACCUCCGUAGCCUGAGCCCCGUCCCAGGUGGGCCUGCCAAGCCCAAGGCCGGCCCACACCACGCGACCUUCGUCUGA